CUGAAAAAGAAAUGGAAAAUUCUCCGCUUUACCUUUUCUCUUCUCUCUCUUGUUCUUCCUUCCUGCUCGUUGCCACUAUUUGAAUCUGAUUUUUAUCUCUCUCCCUCAAGUUCUUCGCGAAUCUCUCUCUCUCAUCGGAUUUGAUUUCUGACAACAGGCAGUAGUCUUUUCCAUGCUUUUCCCCUUGGAUCUCAGAGAAAUCUCGACCUCUGUCGUAGAGUUGACAAUUCAUUUCCCAGUUCCGAUUCUGUGGUUCUUGGAUUGAUUACCGACGCAUAAAGGAAUCCGAUUUCGGAUUUUGAGUUUCUCCUUGUCCCCGUAAAUCUGCCCGAAACAAGUAGAAAAUGGCGAAGCGUGGAUAUAAGCUGCAGGAGUUUUUGGCGCAUUCUGCAAAUGUGAAUUGUCUGAGUAUCGGGAAGAAGACAUCUCGUCUUCUCAUUACCGGUGGAGAUGAUUGCAACGUCAACCUUUGGGCAAUCGGCAAGCCAACGUCUUUAAUGAGUCUUUGUGGGCAUACGAGCCCGGUUGACUCGGUGGAUUUUGACCCAUCAGAAGUUUCGGUGCUUGCUGGAGCUUCUUCGGGUGUGAUAAAGCUGUGGAAUCUUGAAGAAGCAAAGAUGGUUCGAGCUCUUACGGGACACAGAUCAAAUUGCUCUGCUGUUGAAUUUCAUCCGUUUGGUGAAUUUUUCGCAUCUGGAUCCAUGGACACGAAUCUAAGGAUCUGGGAUAUUAGAAAGAAGGGUUGCAUACACACAUACAAGGGUCAUACUCGUGGCAUUAACACCAUCAAAUUUACUCCUGAUGGUCGUUGGGUAGUGUCUGGAGGACUUGAUAAUGUUGUGAAAGUAUGGGAUUUGACUGCAGGAAAGCUCUUGCAUGAUUUUAAAUUUCAUGAAGGACAUAUCCGUUCCUUAGACUUCCACCCUCUUGAGUUUCUCCUUGCCACAGGUUCUGCUGAUAGGACUGUCAAGUUCUGGGAUUUGGAAACAUUUGAACUGAUUGGAUCUUCUAGACCAGAGGCCACAGGAGUUCGUUCAAUCGCUUUUCAUCCCGAUGGUCGGACCCUUUUUUGUGGACUGGAUGAUGGUUUGAAGGUUUAUUCAUGGGAACCUGUGGUUUGCCAUGAUGGUGUUGAUAUGGGAUGGUCAACACUUGGUGACUUCUGCAUCAAUGAAGGAAAGCUCCUGGGUUGUUCAUACUACCAAAAUUCUGUAGGAAUAUGGGUUGCAGAUAUAUCGCAGCUUAUUGAACCAUAUGGAGCUGGAGCGGUGGAUAAAAAGGAAUAUGUGGAGAAAAUAUUUAGUACGGUAGACAAUCAGUCUUCUGGGGUAAAAGGGAGUGGCACCAGGCGCAGUACAUCCCCAGAUUAUGAGACUAAAGAAAUAAAAAACAUAUACAUUGACUCCACAGGUGGAAAUUCUACUGCUGCAGAAAAGCCAGGACCUCUAAGCACUCCAAAAGUGGUAUUGCCUAUGGAAUCUGGAAAACUUGGUAAUAUGACAGGCGAGAAGCAGUCUACUGGUCAAGCAGGGGAUAAGUCUUUUGUUGUGCCCUCUAGCGUUGUACCAAGGGACAGUGAUAUUGGAAAAGAAGGUUCUGAUUCAGGCAGGGAAUCUAUCACUUUCUCAAGAACUAGACCAGGGAUGUUACUUAGACCCGCUCAUGUAAGAAAAACGGCAAUGAAGUUUGAUGAAAAAAGGCAGUCAGUAGCUGUUCAGUCUGGGAAUCACAAGAAAUGCGGAUCGGAUACUGAAAAAGAGGCAGAUACUCAAAGUGUGUCUGAUUCUGAGGAGGGCAAAAAAAAAUCAAAUGAUGCGGAGGAAUCUACCAUCAAGAGUAUUGCUGUUAAGUUUGAAAAAGCUUUAUCACCAGAAUCGCCGGCUAAUGAAGUGAAUCGUAUGCUGCUGAAACCGCCUCAUGUGCAGAGGUCACCUAAUCCUAAGUAUAAUGAGGCAAGACGGACAUUAUCUGUUGAUUCUGGAAGUCUUGGCAAUACAAACGGCGGGUUAGAGAACUCAAGAGGCAUAGACUUAAAAGCAAGCUAUGUUACUGAGGGCAGUGGUAGAAACCCGUCUAAGGAAGAUAUCAAUAACAAGAGUAUUGCCACCAAGUCUGAAAGAGUUCUAUCACCAGAAAAACCUGACAAUGAGCUGAAAAGCCGUGAAUCUCCGGGAGGCAACAGUGAAUCAAAUUCUGUGAAGAUUGUAAGGGGAGUAAGAGUUUUUUCGGGAAGGACACGCUCAUUGGUUGAGAGGUUUGAGAAAAGAGAGAAAUCUACUCCUAGUGAAGAUAAAGCAGCCAGUACAACAUCAGAUCAGAACAGUAAUAUGGUGAAGGAAGAGCCUAAUACAACAAAAUCACAAGCAGUUAGCCCGAGCCCGACCAUUGUAAUGCCCGUGGUUCUUGAUCGGGCAACCAAUAUGACUUCAGAUGAGCCUCCUAUGAUAUCAACACGCCGAGCUAGGAGUACCCCAGCACGAGUAAUACCUGUGGUACUCAAUCAGGAAACUAAUAUGACAUCUGAUGAGCCUAACAUAACUUCAACACGAUCAGCUAGGGCUUCUCCUGUCUGUGUAUUGCCUGUAAGAGCUAAUCAGGCAAGUAAACUGACCUCUGAUACGUCUCAUAUAGCAUCCAAGAAACGAGCUAGUGCUACUCAAACACUGGAGGUACCGACAUUACUCGAUCCUGUGGCUGAUGUGACGUCAGAUCGACCAGCUAAUGAUAUUUCAAACCAGAAGGAAGAGCCUCAAGGAUCUGGGAGGCAGAAUGACAGUGACAUCAUUGAAGAUUUAAUGCAAACUCACGAUACAUUCUUAACCACUCUCCAAUCGAGGUUGACCAAAUUACAGAUUGUCAGACAUUUUUGGGAAAGGAAUGAUGUUAAAGGUGCAAUCGGUGCAUUGAGGAAGCUGUCCGAUCACUCUGUCCAAGCAGAUGUCAUAAGUAUUUUAUCGGAUAAAACAGAGAUUCUCAAACUGGACCUGUUUUCUCAAUUGCUCCCUGUCCUCUCGGGCUUAUUGGGUAGCAGGACUGAGAGAUCUGUAAAUGUCUCCUUGGAAAUGCUCCUGAAGCUUGUAGCAGUGUUCGGCCCUGUUAUACGUUCAACUGUCUCAGCUCCAAGAAUUGUGGGUGUUGAUCUUCAUGCAGAGCAAAGGUUAGAGAUCUGCAGAAGCUGUUUCGAGGAAUUGCAAAAGGUUCAGAAGAUCCUUCCAGUACUGUCGAGGCGAGGCGGUUUGAUAUCAAGAAAGGCUCAAGAGCUAAAUCUAGUUCUUCAAGAACCAUAGGCUAAGGUCAUAAACUUCACUGGUUCCACGUAACUCGAGAUCCCGAGCUGUAUAUCGACAAGAAAUAUCUCUCAUUUCCCGAAGCUGCGAUUUUGUCAUCCGUUGCUUCGAGACUAGCGGCAACCUCCCCCCGGGGCAGUUUCUUGUAGCGGGUUUGAUCGAAAGCUCGGCCGAGAGGAUCUCUGGAAAUGGUGGUAUGUUGUAAAUCAAUCUUUUGCAGGAGCAAUUCAUAUAUUUCUUGAUUCACUUUAGGCUCUGACUUUAAGUGUUGUUCAUGUCAUGUAAUGCUUAUGCCUCUUUGAUGUAAUUGUCCCUUUUGUCGGAAUGAAGUAAUAUGAAAUCGUCCAUAAUAAUAUGUC